UAACGCACGCAGCUGCCGCACGGCGUGGUCGUGUGCGACGUGCUUACGCGAGAAAUUCACGGGAUUUUGGCGUGUUCGUUUAAAUAUAUUUUUAAUUAAUUUCGGUGAGUGAGAGUUCUGUGAUUAUAGUGCAUUGAAGUGCGAGGGGAGCACUGCCGACGUUACUGUAAAUGUAGUUGCUUCGAUAUGACGAGUCGCGCCCGCUGAGGUCUGGUCAGAACUCAAAAUGGCGCUGUAUCGGUGCGGGCCGACUGCUCUGGGUAGCCGCACCUCCUGGGGCCCGGUGUCGAGUCCUGAACACAAACCCUUCCCGCGCCCUCUCAGUGGGAACUUUGACAGAAUAUUCAACGCUUUCGAAAGGACCAACGCCUUCGAGUACGUCCGAAGCAACUUGGACGGCAAGGAGGAGGCUCGCCAUGUAGGUCAUGCGGAUGUAGUGGUGAACAGGAAGAUGAGCAGCAGCUACGAGAGAGCCGACUGCGCGCUGGCUGCCCAGGCUCCUUGUGAUGACGAAGACUUCUACAGAGAAAAGAUCCUGUACUCGCAGGCGAGGCAGCUGUUUCCGCUACAGGAGGACCUGGCUGACUGGAUUAAUAAGACUAUUGGCAUAACAUACCUGACCGGAGAGAACUUUCUGGACGUGUUGGACAACGGCGUGGAGCUGUGUCAGCUGGCGAGUGUCAUACAUGAGCGAGCCCGGGGCGCGCUCGACCAGGGACUCGUUGUGGGGGUGGUGCCACAGAUCCGCGGCCGCUGCUGGCAGCGCGCGGCCCGUCGCAGCUUCUUCUCCAGGGACAACACCGAGAACUUCAUCACGUUCUGCCGCGAGCUUGGAGUCCACGAGAACCUGCUGUUCGAGAGCGAUGACCUCGUUCUCCACAACCAACCCCGCCAAGUGAUCCUCUGCCUGUUGGAAGUGGCUAGACUGGCCACCAAGUUCAACAUAGAGCCACCGGGGCUGGUACAGCUAGAGAAGGAGAUCGCGAUGGAAGAGCGCGACUCCGGCCUCGACUCGGCCAUGUCUAGCGCCGCCUGGCAAUUCAGAGACAGCUCGCCCGAACCCGACAAAACUCUGGUUGAAAAUUCGGCCCCAACCCCAGAUCCAAAUGAAAGCCAAGACUCAGCGGCGGACAACGCCGACGCCGAGAGCACUAAGUCUGAAGGGACGGUGGGCAGUACUGACUCCGAUGUGCCGCUCAAACCCACCAAUGAACUCGAUAAGAGAGUGCAACUCGUGACGCGGCUGAUGGAACGCGGCUGCAGCUGUAACUCCGGGAAGUGUUCCAAGCUGCUCAAAGUGAAGAAGGUCGGAGAAGGACGCUACAACAUCGCAGGAAGGAAUGUCUUCAUUCGGCUAUUGAAGGGUCGCCACAUGAUGGUGCGCGUCGGCGGCGGCUGGGACACGCUGGAGCACUUCCUGUCGCGGCAUGAACCGUGCCAGGUGCGCCUCGUCACACAAGGACGCCGCGCAUCAGUGCUGCCUGUACCGACCACACCAGCCUCGCCUGUCACACCCGUCACGCCCGUCACGCCCCCCUCACCAGUCACCCCCGCCUCACCCGCCGCGUCUAGCAAGCACAGCAGUGGACGUAGCUCCCCUCUUCCGCCUCCACCGCGGACGUCCACUCCACGACGUCCCGCACUGUCCCUGCCGCUACGCUCCACCGCCCCGUCGUCCGCCCCCUCGUUAUCCCACAGCACGCCCUCCACGCCAAUCUCGCGCUCGGUCCGUACUCCACCCGCAGAGUUACGCAAGUCGUUGACCUCCGCAAACCUGCUCGGAGCGCCCAAGAAGUCCCGCAGCGCCAGCCUCGCGAGUGAAGGCGGUGGUGAGCGGUCCAUCCGUAAUAAGAAGAAGUCCGUGAACACCGUCGCUGCCUCGCCGGCGCCGCGCAAACUCCGCAGCCAGAGCUUGGUGCCGGCGGCUGGCGGAGCGCCGGGCGCGGCGGGGGGUGCGGUGGGGGGCGCGGCGCGGAAGGCUCGCAGUCUCAGCGCGGCGAGCGGCGGCGCCCUCACGCAGGCGGCUAUCGAGGAGAGCAUCAGACUCUCCCUGGCGGCGAGCAUGGUGGACGCGGAGUGCGCCAAUAAGCCAUUCCUCCACAUCAAGGCGAAGUACCGCAGUCCACCGCCACGGGAGGUGCCUCCCAGAUAAAUGCUCUACUUCUUAUUUUUUAGUUUUUAAAAUUUGACGUGAGUUAACAUAGUGACGCCCUAUAGUUGCAAUCGUUCUCUGCCGUCACGUUCGUGUGGAUCUCCGCGAGUAAUCUCUUUGUUUUUAUUAUCUCCUGGUGAAUAAUUUUGAGUAAUUUUGGUAAUUUUUAUAAUUGAGUGUUUUCAUUUUAGCGCGAAACCUAGUCAUAAUGGAAUUCGAUAUCGGUACCUAUGUAAUAUUUUAAUUUAAUUUAAUUCCUUCUUCUUUCUAAUAGCAAUAAUAAUAUUAAUUACUUAUUUUAAUUUUACGAUUCGUGUUCAUAUAAUUGUAAUGUUAUUUGUGAAGAUUAGUUAUUAAGUUUUAUUUAUGAAAUGCGUGUUCGGGAAUUUACUGGGAAUGGCACUAAAUAUACGCGUUUCAAUGGAAUUUUCUUAAAUGUAGUAAAAACCAUACAUAUUAUGAUACCUAGCAUUAAGACGUCACUGAAAUAGUGCGCGGAACGUGGGGCAGGUUGAAGUAGUGUAGCCCCUCGCCGACAGGUGGCCUCAAGGAACAUGAACCGUACAAAUCGUUGAGUAGCUCUUCCAGAAAUGGUAUAUUUUGAUACGAGAAUAGUAUUUUUGCACUGGACAUAUUAGAUCAUAUAAUAGCACUAUUUUUAGAAAUAGACACUGUACUGUUGCGUGUAACAAAUUAUAUCUUCAUUCUGACACCAUAGCUCUAUAUUGUAAAAUUGUUAUAAGUAGAAAUCUUAAUCAGUUCAAGAAAUGCUGUCAAUAUAAAAUUAUUGAUAUGCAACAAAAUAAAUUUAAGGUUACAAUUUAGUCACACCGGUGUUACCAUGAUGCCUUUUUGAUAAAGUAUUUUGAUAAAUUUUUUUAGAAAUACACUAUCAUUCAACACUUGCUUUCUUAGUUCAAUUUCACCUUUUAUCUCUAACAACAGUGCUCUAGGCUCUUUACCCACAAUAAAAGUAUAAAAUUAAUAAAGUUUUUCAAGAAAUUAUCUUUGCAAUAUCAAUAUCUUUUUCGUUUUCCUUUUAUUCUAAAAACACUUCAAAAUUUGUAAUUCUUUACGAAUGAAAGGUCUUCCAAUUUUCCUAUCGACCACCAACGAACUUUAUAGAUUUUUGGUAAUAAUUAAUAUAGACAAUAAAUCCCAUACGAAAAUUAACUAAUCAGAAAAAGUUACCACUCUUAAGUAUUUUGUUUUUAUAUUUAUUCUGUUUGAGAGGAUGUAAAUUCUUAAAUAUAAAAUGUAUGUAUUCAAUGAGCUUAGCACUUUUGUAAUUUUCUUAAAUAACGAUGAACCGACCACUGCCACUCGUAAUGUGUUGUGCCAACAGUUUAUGUAUGGUUGAUAAUAAACUUUUUGUAAUUCUGUAACAGACUUUCAAUUAGCUGAGUAUUUGAAAUUACAU